AGGUGCUCCCCUACUGGGCUCCGCCUUCUUUUCAUGCCAAUUUCUAAGCUCCACGCAGGUUUUCUGCUCGGACGUCCGCCCCGCCUCUGUCGGGAGGCGUACUCCUUCGCCUUGUCCCUCUGUGUUUCCGGCCUCAGACCGCGUCUCCAGGCCCCCUUCCGCAGUUCCUGUCUCCUUCGCUGGGUUCCGCUCUUUAGCAACCCCCCCUUGCCGGAGCCCACGAGGUCGGCCCCGCUCCCCCGGAGCGGGUGAGGGAGCCCGAGCAGCGCGCUUGCACGUCCCGGGUCGCCCAGGACUACAUUUCCCAGCAGGCCCAGCGGCCGGCGCCGCGGCUGCGGUCAGGUGACCGGGUCGCCUGACCUGCGGAUUGCAGUGGGUCCCCCGCGAGGAGAGCUGACUGCCCUCUGCUGCUGCCGACCUUUUGGCAGAGUUAAGCCAAAAUGUCCCCGGAAUCUAAAAAGCUUUUCAACAUCAUUAUUUUAGGAAUUGCCUUUAUGUUUAUGUUCACCGCCUUUCAAACUUGUGGAAAUGUAGCGCAAACUGUCAUCAGGAGCUUAAAUAGCACAGAUUUUCACGGCAGUGGCUAUACCAGCAUGGCAAUUAUUUAUGGAGUGUUCUCUGCUUCAAAUUUGAUUACACCAUCAGUGGUUGCUAUUGUAGGACCUCAACUCUCUAUGUUUGCUAGUGGUUUAUUUUACAGCAUGUACAUUGCCGUUUUUAUCCAGCCUUUCCCGUGGUCCUUCUACACAGCCUCUGUUUUCAUCGGAAUUGCAGCUGCUGUACUUUGGACAGCACAAGGAAACUGCCUGACAAUAAAUUCAGAUGAGCACACUAUUGGGAGAAACAGUGGAAUUUUCUGGGCACUCCUACAAUCCAGCUUGUUCUUUGGAAAUCUCUACAUAUAUUUUGCUUGGCAAGGGAAAACUCAAAUAUCAGAGAGUGACCGAAGAACAGUGUUUAUUGCCCUGACAGUGAUUAGUCUUGUGGGGACAGUUCUCUUCUUUCUCAUUCGGAAACCAGAUUCUGAAAAUGUCCUAGGAGAAGAUGAAUCUUCUGAUGACCAGGACCUGGAUGUCAACGAGUCUGCCCAGAACAAUAUGACAAAGGCAGUAGAUGCAUUUAAAAAGUCUCUUAAGUUAUGUGUCACCAAGGAGAUGCUCCUUCUUAGCAUUACAACUGCUUAUACAGGUCUGGAAUUGACUUUCUUCUCUGGUGUAUAUGGAACCUGUAUCGGCGCUAUAAAUAAAUUUGGAACAGAAGAGAAAAGCCUCAUUGGACUUUCUGGCAUUUUCAUUGGCAUUGGAGAAAUUUUAGGUGGAAGCCUCUUUGGCCUGCUGAGCAAGAAUAAUCGUUUUGGUAGGAAUCCAGUUGUGCUGUUGGGCAUCCUGGUGCAUUUUAUAGCUUUUUAUUUAAUAUUUCUCAACAUGCCGGGGGAUGCCCCUAUUGCUCCUGUUGAAGGAACUGAUAGCAGUGCUUACAUCAAACCCAGCAAAGAAGUUGCCAUCUUCUGCAGCUUCCUGUUGGGUCUUGGAGACAGCUGCUUCAAUACCCAGCUGCUUAGUAUUCUAGGUUUUCUCUAUUCUGAAGACAGUGCACCAGCUUUUGCAGUCUUUAAAUUUGUGCAGUCCAUUUGCGCAGCCGUGGCAUUUUUCUACAGUAACUACCUUCUCCUUCAUUGGCAACUCCUGGUCAUGGUGAUGUUUGGGUUUUUUGGAACUGUUUCCUUCUUCACUGUGGAGUGGGAAGCUGCUGCCAUUGUAGCCCGGGGUUCUGACUACCGAAGUAUUUGAUGAAGGGUGCCCACGAGAGGAGGCUGCCUCUUCAGACAGCUCGGCUGGGCGGUAGGGCUCGGUGGAGGAGGCCCGCUCUCAUCUUCACAGUACAUUGAAGGAUUUUUAGGAUGGAAAAUCAGAGAUUUAAGACUGCUAAAUCUGCCAGAGUUGGUAUUCAAGUUUACAGAUGUUAGUUGUUUAAAACUAAUGGAAUAAGGGAGACUUGUACUGUCGAUUAUAAUUGUUCAAAGAUGUUUUUUCAGUUCAUCUGUCUCGCGUUCCUUUUGAUCAUGUUAUAAAUGUGUAGGUGUUUUCUUCUCCCCCUGUUCUCUUUGAACGGUCAUGCUUUGAUUGAAGCUACUAGGCCAUAUGUCAUAUAAAGACUCCUGCUGGGUAUGGCGUAUGUGUUACGUAUAUGUAAUAAAAGGGAGCAUAUGCCAUCCCACAUGUGUCUGGCAAUGACAUUUAAAUAAAUCAUGUGAUGCUGAAAUGGGA